AUUGUCCUUCAGACAACUCAACAUCCUCCUCUCCGCUGGGUAGCUCAAUAGCCAUGUCAUCGCAUCAGCCCACCAGUUCAGCCUCCAACAGUCCCACCAGCACCUUUGGCUCGCCUUUCUCAGUCAUCAGCCCCUCACUGGGCUCCCCUGGUGUGGCACCCUCCAUGGGUUAUGGGCCUAUUAGCAGUAGCCAGAUCAACUCUACAAUGGGGAUGCACUCAAUCAGCAGCUCGGAUGAUGUCAAACCCCCGUUUGGCUUGAGGCCUAUGUCUGCACACAGCCCUGGGAUAAUGCUCUCCCAGAAACGCAUGUGUGCCAUCUGUGGAGACCGCUCCGCAGGUAAGCACUAUGGUGUGUACAGCUGUGAAGGUUGCAAGGGCUUCUUCAAACGCACAGUGCGCAAGGACCUGAGCUACACCUGCAGGGAUAACAAAGAAUGCCUGGUGGACAAGCGCCAGCGCAAUCGCUGCCAGUACUGUCGCUACCAGAAGUGUCUGGCUAUGGGCAUGAAGAGGGAAGUGGUCCAAGAUGAACGUCAGAAAUCAGUCCAGGAGGAGCGUCAGAGGAUCAGGGAGCGAGAGGAGGGACUGGAGUGCAGCAGUGCUGUGAACGAGGAGAUGCCCGUGGAGAAGAUCUUGGAGGCAGAGACGUCCGUGGAGCAGAGGGCGGAGCUCCACUCUGAUACAGGCUCCGCUGGUAGCUCUCCUCAUGAUGCGGUGACAAACAUCUGCCAGACCGCAGACAAGCAGCUGUUUGCGUUGGUGGAGUGGGCCAAGAGGAUCCCUCACUUCUCUGAGCUGCCCCUGGACGACCAGGUCAUCCUCCUGCGUGCAGGGUGGAAUGAACUUCUGAUCGCCUCCUUCUCACACCGCUCCAUCGCUGUGAAGGACGGGGUCCUGCUGGCCAAUGAGCUACACCGGGACAACGCACACAGUGCAGGGGUGGCGGCCAUCUUUGACAGGGAGAGUGUGCAGAGUGCUGAGGUGGGAGCCAUAUUUGACCGGGUUCUCACUGAGCUGGUCAGUAAGAUGAGAGACAUGCAGAUGGACAAGACAGAGCUGGGCUGCCUCCGAGCCAUCGUCCUCUUCAACCCAGACGCUAAAGGUCUGUCCAACACCGGAGAGGUGGAGCUCCUGAGAGAGAAGGUCUAUGCGUCACUGGAAGCCUACUGCAAGCAGAAAUACCCCGAGCAGCAGGGAAGGUUUGCUAAGCUCCUCCUCAGGCUGCCAGCACUGCGUUCUAUUGGCUUGAAGUGUUUGGAGCACCUGUUCUUCUUCAAGCUGAUUGGUGACACCCCUAUCGACACGUUCCUCAUGGAAAUGCUUGAAGCACCUCAUCAGUUGGCAUAGAGGUGGUAGAAGAGGAGAGGAGAGGUGUUCUGUGGCCGGGGUUAGAUAGCUUGGGUCUGGGAAUUUGCUGGAGUGGGACUGCACUUUUAGUUCUUUGGGGAAUUCAGCAUUUUGUCUCACUGCUGUCUGGGUUAUGCUAUUUAGUUCACCACCACAUUGUCUCUUUCAGAACAUACAUCCCCAAGACUUGUGAUCUACAGGCUGGUGCUAUAUAUUAAUAUAACUUCUUGAAUAACUGAGAUUAAAAAGUAAAGUAUUUUGUAAGAAUGGGAACCUUUAGUUCCCGCACUCUGGCUAAUCGAAGCUACAAUCUGGGUUUCUGUUUUUCUAUAACUAUAUUAAUGCUUUUUAGACAAACCCCAAAUGAUCAAGUUAAGUGAUAAGUGAUCUCCCCCCGUAACCUGUUUUUAAAUGAAGGUAACCUGGAUGCAACCAGACUGUCAUUCUACCUUUUUUUCAUUUUUUAAAUUGGAACAAAAUCUUUUGAAAAAACUUGAAAAACAUGUUUUAUUGUCAAAUCUUGGGCAAGUACAUUACUGUACCAAGCGAGCGCUCACUGUGUAACAGGUCUGACUUUCAGCUCCUAGUGGUUUUGUAUCCCUCUCAGAUGACCAGAAAGCAACCCGUUAACAAUAAACCCGGGAUACAGAAGGAGUAGUUGAAUCACAAGGGAACAUGGAGCAGACUUGUACUGACUGUGUUGACCAGCUUUAUUUGUCUAGUAAUGUGCUGUUAGCAUUGUUUCUCUUUGCUGUUUUGUAAAAUGUAAUCACCUUGCAGGCAAAAAGGAUUGAGCUGCAUUGCACAUUUUUGCUAUGUACUAUUUCUACACCAUACAAUACAAGUCAUCAAAUGUCUGGCCAGAAAACAGUCUUUUGGUGCUGAUAUACGACAGACAUUUGCCAUACUUCAUUGCAGCCAUACACCAAACUGCAAACACAAAAAAUUAUGCAAAAAAAUUAAAACUAACUCAAAUGUUGUAAAUGUAGCACUACAAAAAUGAAUACAUAUGCUUUCUUUCUGCUUGACAACUUGUCCGUUCUGGGGGUUUUACAAAGUCAAUCAUUCUGUUAGAAAGGGAAUACUCCAAUAUGUCAUUUAUCUAAACAAUUGUAAGGUACUGUGCAAAAUUUGUUCAGGGAAAAUACUAUAUAUUGAUAGGUUUGAAUAAUGAGAUCAGGAGACAGACACAUGAUGUAAUAAUUGAUAUGUGCCCUUGCUAUUAGUUCACCAAUUGUAUAGAGCAGAUCAUGUCUGAGGUUGUACUGGAUUCCCUAAAGCACUGUUUCUACCUGGUUACAACAUCAUGUAUCCUUUGUCUUGAUCAUGUCCACAUUCUGAUUGUGCCCACAUUUUCAGACCGGUGUAGAUGAUUUAAAAAAGGCAUUGUGACCAGAUCUUCCUGACCACCCCGGAGGUAGUUAGACACACAUUGUGACCAGAUCUUCCUGACCACCCCGGAGGUAGUUAGACACACAUUGUGACCAGAUCUUCCUGACCACCCCGGAGGUAGUUAGACACACAUUGUGACCAGAUCUUCCUGACCACCCGAAGGUAGUUAGACACACAUUGUGACCAGAUCUUCCUGACCACCCCGGAAGUAGUUAGACACACAUUGUGACCAGAUCUUCCUGACCACCCCGGAGGUAGUUAGACACACAUUGUGACCAGAUCUUCCUGACCACCCCGGAGGUAGUUAGACACACAUUGUGACCAGAUCUUCCUGACCACCCCGGAGGUAGUUAGACACACAUUGUGACCAGAUCUUCCUGGCCACCCCGGAGGUAGUUAGACACACAUUGUGACCAGAUCUUCCUGACCACCCCGGAGGUAGUUAGACACACAUUGUGUCUGGAUAUCUUACAAGUGUAGACAUAUGGACAGUGAAUCCAUUUAAAUCACAAUUAUAACACCUUCUAAAAUAUUGACAUUUAGCACCUUUGUCUUAUGGCAUCAAUGUGUGUCUUAAAAUAAGUAAAUAAGAAUAGCUCUCAAAACAUUUGCAUACAGGGAGGGACCAGGAAAUCUGGUCACAAUGCAAUUGGUGGACAGAUACAAGACACAUUUUACUACCAUGUGGAGACAGGUUUCUGAGAAUGUGGACAAGAUCAGAACAAAUGACUGGGGUUUGAACCAGAUAUAAACAAGGAUUCACACAUUCAGCUGACUCAUCUUUUUGAAUUUUUCUGUGCUUUUCUGUAGUAGUAGUUUUUCCUGUUUCCUUUUUUUGAGCUAGUUGUUCAUCCUCUCCUCUCUGCUUACAGUUUAUAAAAAACACAAACUGUUAUCAUGUUUAAAUAUCCAUAACACCUGUGGACAUAGACGCAUUAAACAAGACCAAAUAGGAGUUUUGUGUGCUGAUCAUGUGUGAACACCUGAACAAGGGUAUUGGUAUGUGUCAUGAUCCUGUAUAGACUCUGGAGCAGUUUAGUGAUCCGUGUGGAUAAGUGAAUUACAGCUUGGCUAAUGUGGACUGAAAAUAAAGAGGUUCAACUUUUCUUGUC